AUGUUCGCCUUCGAUCCGUCGGCGCUGCCCCAGCUCACAACCCGCAAGGCUCUCAUAGUGGUUGACCUCCAAAACGACUUUGUUGAUGCCGUUGACGGCGGAUUGCCAGUCACGCAACCCGAUGGAUUCGUUGACCGCAUAGUCGAGGUGGCAAAUGCCUUCCGUUCGGUGGGCGACGUUAUCUGGGUGCAGUCUCAGUUCGACAAGGCCCGUGAGAUCGAUAGCGACCAGAUCAUACUGUCCGCCAACACGCCAACGUCACAAAGCAAGUCCAAAAGCCCGGCCACCGAGGCUUCUUCUGAUGACUUGUCGGAUGCUGAGGCUUUUCUGAGUCACGAGGAGCCGUCUUGCGUAAAGCCGUCUCAUCCAGGGUGCAGCAUGCCUCCGGUCGUUGCCGAGACUGUCCGCAAAAGCGAUAUCAAACUGAUAAAGUCUCACUACUCCGCGUUUCAUGGUACCCAUUUGCUACGCUCUCUGCGCGGCAAGAUGGUCAUGGAAGUCUUCAUCUGCGGCUCCCUGGCCAACAUCGGCGUCUUUGCCACCGCCAUGGAUGCGGCGGGCCAUGGAAUGGCCAUUACGGUUAUCAAGGAUUGCUGCGGCUAUCGUCACGAAUCCAGACGGAUCGCAGCAAUGAAGAGCUUGGUUGAGCUGACUGGCUGCGAGUUCAUGUCCUCACAAGAGGUUCUCAGCACCUUGCCGCCGGUUGAGCCAGAGACCAAGGUGUCACCUGAGGCGCCAAAACGGGCAUCAGCAAAAGCAACAGGCAUCAGCACGGCUGAAGAUAUUACUCAGUCCCUGCUGGAACUCAAACUGGAUCCCAGCACAUCUAGUCCCGCCGAGGCUGCAAAGAAAACAACACCGGAGCCGGCGUCAAAGAACAAGUCUCAGGGUUCCGAGACGGCCAACGCACCGGAACAGCCUACUGAUAGCAACCCCGAGCCCCCAGUCGAGGAUGACACGGCGAAAGCUGUUGAUCCUGACAAUGAACCGCAUGCUUUGCCCCAAAAGAAGCUCUGCGAAGGCGAUGCCGAUGUCAUUAUGAAUGCGUUGCCAAGCGACCUAGCAGAAGAAGCGUUUGAAAAGCUGGAAAAGGAGGUGCUUUGGCAGCGCAUGUCACACCAAGGUGGCGAGGUUCCUCGGCUGGUUGCCGUUCAAGGCGAGGUGAGCGAAGACGGUACCAUGCCGGUCUAUCGCCAUCCCGCCGAUGAAUCCCCGCCGCUGCAUCCCUUCUCUCCAACGGUUGAGGCCAUCAAGGUCGAGGUAGAGAAGCAUCUCGGCCACCCCCUGAACCAUGUCCUCAUACAAUUCUACCGUGACGGAAACGACUACAUCUCCGAGCAUAGUGACAAGACCUUGGAUAUUGUCAAGGGGUCGUACAUUGCCAACCUCAGCCUCGGAGCAGAAAGGACCAUGACUCUAAGGACUAAGAAGCUAGAUAAGGGUCUUUCUGGAGAGGCAUCCGACGAUGGAAGGCGUAAAAUACAACGAGCGAAGCUGUCUCACAACUCUCUCUUCCGCAUGGGCUUACAGACCAAUAUGAAAUGGCUCCAUGCCAUCCGACGCGACAGACGAGCAGACCGCGAUAGGUCUGACGCCGAGCUGGCCUAUGGCGGUCGCCGUAUAUCGCUCACGUUCAGGCACAUUGGCACGUUUCUGGACCGUGACGAGACCAUCAUCUGGGGCCAGGGAGCGACCGGCAAGACUCGCGACGCUGCGCACGCCAUCAAGAACGGCCAGAGCUCCGACGCCGUAAACAUGAUCCGGGCAUUUGGCAUGGAAAACCAUGCGUCCGACUUUGACUGGGACGCCCAUUACGGCGGCGGCUUUGACGUGCUACACAUUAGCAACUCGCCGAGGUUCUUUGCCUCGGCGGAUCCCGUGGUCAACAUGCGGAUUGUGCUCAUGCUGAAUGAAUUCGGCAUCAAGUUCGCCAAGGGGAGCAUGGCCUCUGGUGCAGACGCCCACAGCAGCAGUCAAGGCAGCCCGUCAACGUUCUGGUCGCCGCCCAUCAAGUUCGUCGACAACGACGCUGCCCGAUCCGUCGUCCAGGGCGACAUGGCCAUCAUGCUGUAUCUGCACUCUCGGUAUGGCCCCGGCCGCAGUACCGAGGCAGGCUCCGCUUCAGACAAUCUAGAGAAGCUUGCCAUCCUCUACAGCCAGCUGCAGCAAGGGCUCAAUCUCUUGCCCAUCUGGCGGCAAGUCAAGGGCGAAGGCGCUGUCCCCGGCGGAGCAUUGCCCGGGAAAUUGAAGCAAGAGCUUACCGUUUGGGAGGGCUACCUUGCCGACAAGGCCAGAGACAAACAUCCCGCGUUCCUCUGCGAGGACACUCUGACCCUGCCUGAUUUUGCCACAUGGCCAGUCCUGCAUGCCAUCGUGGAAGAGUAUGGCCUUGACGCGACGUUCAAGGGCCUGACAAGAUUGCGAACCUAUUAUGAGACUGUUCGACAACUGGAGACUGUCGCUGCGGCUCUUGGGAGUCAGUAG